GACAAGUUUUAAUAGUUCUAUGAUAGAAUGAUUUGGAUUUCAACAAUAAUGACAAAACCCAAACCAUCACCAUUACUGACGCAGGAUGUUGCAAAAUUUCUAUUACCAUCUAUGAUCUUUUGGAGCACGUUUUCCGUCCUGCUACUCGUGAUUUAGCAUCUGAAAUCAAUCGUUUUGCAACUCAAGUUGAUAUGGCGCGUCUUUUCAACUUUGACAAGAUCUUUUUAUCUGGUUUUUUGAUAGAAGCCAAAAAGGAAGCUUAUGAUUUCCUGGAAAAGAUUAUUCUUAAGAAUAUAUCCGAGGUCAUGAAUAUUCAAGGUGAACUUAUUCUUCCAUCUGCUGAAAACGGGAAGGAGGCUCUUAUGGGUGCUGCGCAUUACGGAAACUACCCUGAGGACUUUACAGAAAGAGUAUCAAGGAAAUCGUACGUUGUUCAAUUGAAAGGUUAUAAACGCCAAGAGUUUGAUGAUGAUGUGAAAAAAAGUAUUUCAAAAAUCAAAGAAGAGAAUAAAAGAAGCAUGAAGAACGAUAUAUACAACGAAGAAGCAUCCAAUGCCCUUAUUGAUGAGAGUAAAACAGUCCGGUUAUAUCACCAAUCAUCCUACAACCCUUCUUUGAAAAAUGACAAGUUUAUAAGAAACCCUGAUGAUGUGACAUUCCUUAUACACAGAGGUGACAAAAUAUCAGAACAUAAUCAAAUGCAUGGUGUCUCCAAAAGAUUUUAUUCUGAAGAAGAGUGUAUUGUUUAUGCAACUGUAUUUUACUCGGAAGAUCCCAAACUACCUGAAGAUGAAGUCAAGGUUGACCUUACCAACUUUCAUAAAAUUCAUCAAUUUGAAAUUUAUGUCAAACGCGACGAAGAUGAUCCAAUGACAGCAGCUCCCAAAUCUCGUCUUCAUUUUGAUGUCCGUAUUAUUCCUGAUAAUAAUGAAGCCAAGUUUGAAGCAAAUGUUGGUUCAAGACUUGGAAACAAGAUUCCCGAAUUCCGUUUCAGAGAUGAAAUUUUGGUUGCAAAUAUAUAUAGCGACGAUGAGCAAAUUAAUAUUGGAGAUUUGACAAUUAGUAACUUCAAAAAGAACGUGGAUAAUUUGGCAGUUGGCGUUCGGGGAGUGCAGAAAAAUGCUUAGAAAAAGAAUAAAAAACAGUAGUUCAAAUUACCAUUUAAACUGUAAAUUUAAUCCUGUGUUAGAUUUAAGCAAAUGCAUUGUUUCAUUUCUAACCGUAAUAUCUUUUGUCAACAAGAUAAAUUUGGCACUUGUAUUUACACCCUCUCACUCUUUGAGAUUAUUUUUCCAUUUAUUUUGUUGGGAUACAUCUAUAAAUAUUACCAAAAUUAAAUGAUACCUUUCCAAUCUAUGCCAUUA